UUUAGGGCUGUUACAUUUGUUCUUGAGAUUUGCAAUGCACUCUUCACCACAAUAUUUAGUUUAGAAGCUACAGUAAAGAUUGUGGGUCUACGCCACCAUUACUUCACAGCGGCCUGGAACCUGUUUGAUUUUGUUCUUGUUAUUGCUUCAAUAAUUGGAAUUCUUAUGGAGGAUUUAAUGACAGACUUCCCUGUCUCCCCGACCUUGCUUAGGGUGGUCAGGGUCUUCAGAAUCGGGAGAAUACUCAGGUUGAUCAAGGCGGCUAAAGGAAUCCGUAAACUAUUGUUUGCAUUGAUAGUUUCCCUCCCUGCACUCUUUAAUAUUGGGGCUCUCUUGGCCUUAAUCACCUUCAUCUAUGCUAUCAUUGGAAUGACCAUAUUUGGACAUGUUAAACAUCAGGGAGCCAUUAAUGAUUUAGUGAAUUUUGAAACAUUUGGCAGAUCAAUGCAAUUACUUUUCAGGUUGGUAACAUCAGCUGGCUGGAACGAUGUUUUAGAUCCUCUGAUGGUACAGCCCCCAGACUGUGAUCCAGACUACAAGGAACAACCAAAUGGAAACUGUGGGUUCCCUCUCGUAUCCAUCAUAUACUUUGUUUCCUUCAUCAUCAUUAACUUCAUGAUCGUCAUCAACAUGUACAUCGCCAUCAUCCUGGAGAACUUUAACCAAGCGCACCAGGAGGAAGAAAUAGGUAUAGUUGAAGAAGAUCUGGAGAUGUUUUAUGGUAAAUGGUCCAAGUAUGAUCCACAUGCAACCCAGUUCAUCACCUUUAAUCAGAUGUCAGAUUUCAUCAACAGUCUUGAUCCUCCUCUGGGUAUUCAAAAACCCAACAUGCUGGCAAUAGUCAGCUUUGAUCUUCCGAUAGCCAAGGGGGACAAGAUUCAUUGCCUUGAUGUACUGCACAGUCUGACCAAGUACACACUGGGGUUCGUAGAGGACGAAUCCGAGGAUUUCUCUAAACUUACAGAACAGAUGGAUGAGAAGUUUAAGAAACAGUUUCCAACCCGGAAGGAACUAGAGAUAGUUUCCUCCACUAGAGAAUGGAAAAGGUUGGAUACUGCAGCUAGAUGUAUUCAGAAGUUCUACCGUAUAUAUAUCAGGAAUCAUGAGAACUCUGAUCCCCAGGAAAGAAUAGAUAUGGAAACUCAAACAAAAGGAAAACGAGGAUCAAGUAAACCAAGCAGUAGUAGUAGUAAUGCACAAGAAUCUUCCAACAUAACAAACAAGAAAAUAGAAGAGAGCACAAGGACAGGGAAAGAGGAGGAAGGAAAAGGACGAAAGAGACAUGAGAGAUCUAAGAGUCGGGUUGUGACGGAGGUUUCUCCCAGGAUAAGGAUUGAGAACGAGGAGACAAGAGAGGAGAACGGAUUUGAUCCAAAUAAUGGUCAAGGAUAUGAAGAGUACGGCCAGGAGGGAGAAUAUCAGGAAGAGACUGAUUAUCAGGGAGAGGAUGUAUACCAGGGUCAGGACGGAUAUCAGGGAGAGGACGGGUAUCAGGGAGAGGACGGAUAUCAGUGUGAAGAAGGAUAUCAGGGUGAGGAUGGAUAUCAGGGACAGGACGUAUAUCAAGGAGAGGAAGUCUAUCAGGGACAGGACGGAUAUCAGGGUGAGGAUGGAUAUCAGGGUGAAGAGGAAUACAAGAAAGAGGAAGACUACAACCCAGAGUAUCCUGAGGAUUAUUCAGAAAACUCUGCUCAUCAACAUCAAGUUCAAUCCUCUCAUAUCUCCCCUCGUGCAUCCCAUCCUUCUCAUGCUAAUCCUCAUUCUCCCUCUCUUCAUCCUCAUCCCUCUCAUAGUCAACCUCAUCCUACUCAUGUAUCACCUCAUAUUCCACCCCAUGCAUCUCAUGUUCAGUCUCAUGCCCCUAAAGUUCCUCCUCAUGCGUCUCAUAUUCCCCUUCAUCCUCCUCAGGUUCCCCCUCAUGCUAGUUUACAGUCUCAUAGUCCUCAUGGAUCUUCUCUAUACUCACCCAAACAUGUUUGCCUCCCGCCUCCGAAACGACCUCAUUCUUCCCUCGGUGGACCUCUGCGGCCUCAUAUUCAUGUUCAACCUAGAUUCGAGGAUACUUCGGUUCAACCUCAUUAUAUAGAUAUAUACUCAACACACCCUCUUCCACACAAUCGGAGACAUCAGGACCAAUCCUCCUACCAGGAGCAGGACCAGGGACAUUACCCGGAGCAACCUAGGAUACCUAGAAGCUAUAGCGGGGACUACGGAGGAGAUUAUGUUAGACCUUCAUUCCCAAACAGAGACAGGGCCUACCUAGACAACCCUCACUCACAUAUGUUCGAGGAUGAUGUCUGUUAUCAGUGCGAAGAACAGCGUUCAGUCAGGGUACGCCAUCCUGCAGGUGAUCCUGUGCCCGUAUCCUACCGACACUCCUUCCACGCUUCUGGAAUAGGGAGCAAAGAUUGUACCGGAGAUGGAUCCUGUAGAGCUAGAUAUCAGGGUAGAGAAGGUAUCAGGACUCUACCAAAGAUAGUAAAAUAUCCUGGUUCGGGUGUAGGGGUUGAGGUACUCCCUAGAACCAGGAGAAACCACGGCUGUGAUAAUCAAAGACGCACACAAGAAUGUGGAGGAGGAGGAGGAGGGGGCAGGAAGCUUCCACAGGUUCCUCAGGCUCAACCCCCUCCUCAGGAUUCAGAGAAGGGGAAACAGUUCAAUCCCAAUGAUUCUCGCAUGAGGGACUCGAUACAUAUUGCUUAUGAGAACGAGAAUAGGGUUGAAUAUAAACAAAGAUCAUUACCUCGAACUCCACGAGAUCUGGAGCAAGAUCAAGCUACCGGGACUCAAAAACCACCUCGGAGAUCCCCUAAACGGAUCUCUGGAUGUCAGGAGGCGUAUCAUGAACAUGAUACAACCGACAGAAAACAUUCGCACAGGAGUCCGCACCAAUAUUCAGGAUCAGACGAGCAUCAUCGACGAAGGCCGGACGAACCCAAAAGAUCUCCGGGACGGAGUCAGGAUGGCUCUCGUAGGACAGAUCCUAAAAAAUCGCAAAGACAUUCUUCUAAACCCGGUUGUGAUUCCAGGCAUAGAAGUGUGGGAGGGGGGCAGACGAGAGAACUUCGGGGAAUCGUCCGUACUGGACGAUCUAGGAUGACGAGACAGAGUCCAGUAGAGGACAGAUUAAGUAUACACGAGGACGAAAGUAUGAGUGAUGCAUUCGACGAUGACGGACUUUUUCAGAUUGAUGACGAUUUUGCUAAGUUUCUUGAUGAUAAAACUUCUUGCCAAAAAUAGAAUAUAUUUGAAAUACAUAUUAUUUAAGAUUUA